CCCCUGUCAUGGUACGCAGGGUGGUUCGCAUAUCCGUGUACGAUCAAGCGUUGGAACCUGUUUGCGAGCGUGUGCAUACCUCGCCCACUGCCCGCUUUCCUGCUCAGUUCCUGUCGCCGUGACCAGUCCAGGGCCAGUGCUGCCAGUGUCUUUACCUGCGACGCUUGUCUCUUUUCUCCAGGCGCUUGUCGCGCGGUCCGCUAUACGUCAAUGUACCAUAUCUGACCUCAUUGUCAUCCUGCACCCCGCUGCGCAGCUCGAAUGGACCAGAUCCCCGGCAUCCUAUAUGCCGACGAGGACUACACGACAUGGUUGAUCCUCGGUGCUAGCAGAGGCAUUGGGCUGGAAUUUGUGCGGCAGCUUUUGUCAAAGAACGAGCGUAUCAUUGCUACCGUGCGGGAGCCGUUUGCUGCACAUGCCUCAGCCUUGUGGGGUCAGGCUGGUGGGGACCAUGGGAGAUGUCGGAUGGAGAUCUGUGACAUUCUGUCCGAGGAGAGCAUCGUACGAUUCGUUCUGGCCCUCACCACCAUACCAAACUUGAAGAUCGACUAUGUAGUUAUAAACGCUGGAGUACUGAGGUACCCGAAUAGAGCCACUGAGCUCUCGUUCGAUGAAUUCGCGUUCCACCUCCACACCAACACGAUCGGGCCCAUAAUCACCGCCCAGAAGCUGCUGCAAACCAACAUCCCCAUUGGCACCAUCGUCUUCAUGUCGUCGGACUCCGGCUCAGCAGGCCAGUUUCGGGAGAUGGAGGACGGGUUCGCAGCGUAUGCGGCGUCGAAGGCAGCUCUGAACAUGUCAGUGCGUCACAUGGCUGCUGAGCUGAAGCGGAAAGACGACGAUACGAUUCUGCUAUGUAUGCAUCCUGGGGAGGUGGCGACGGAGAUGGCUAACAUCCAGCUGCCGUGGGAUGUGCAGGGGAUCAUUACGCCGGAAGAGAGUGUGAGCAAGAUGAUAGAGGUUAUCAAGAGCAAGGGGAUCCAGCAUAGUGGGACCUUUUGGACUUACGAGAACAAGCCGUAUUCGUGGUAGUAGACCUUUGCAUUGCAUCUCCUCUUCUUACAUAUCCCGGGCAUGUCUCUUUUAGGACGCCCCUACUAGCGUAUGAGUCAUCAAAUUCUGAAUAUAAGCCAUGUCGAGAAGCUGGUUGAGCACUAUUAGCCGCCUGGCCCUCGAAAGUAAGUAUGGCGUGCUACUCGAUCUCUCCAAACAGACCU